CGCUUGUAGUAAGUAUGUUCAUUCGCAGCUGUUGAUUUAAAACAGGUAAACCUUGUGCUCUUGGUGUAAACAACGACUUGUUUUGUCUAUAACUCGUGGUAUUUUGAAGAUGGCUAUCUCUUUGACUACUUACAUUCUCGUUAAUGGUCUUUUUAUGCGUUUUUCCCUGGCUGGCGUAAUUUUUAAACGGCAGGGCUGGCCAAAGGAACACAAGCCCCAAGUGUGGUCAGGACCACUGCCAUGCUUCGAUAAAGAUGGAAAACCGAAAUUUCCGCCUCCAAAGGACCCACCCUGGUUUACGGACGACAUGUGUCAUAUGAGCGUAUGCGCAGGUGCGAUGGUUAUAACCAAGUCCAUGUGUUUUCUGAAAGGAGCUGCAUGUGGACCGGGUCAGUAUUUGGCUGCAGUUCCUGACCCCCCCUCUCCGGCAGCCUGUUGCAUAUGUAAACCAUUUGAACCUCUCUCAUGAGAAACAGCAAAUGAAAAAGUCGAGAGGAGGUAUGUCAUGUCAGAUAUCGCCGGAGUCUCUACCCAGUCCAUAGCAGAAGACAUUCAGGGAAUCGUCAACUGUCGUCGCCUCGGUAAACAGCCGAAGGGCACAAAAACAUUCCCGGUCUUGAUUUUAUUCAUCACUUGCAGUUUUAUGGCCAUGAACAACAACGCCCCUGGCUCCAAAAAUUAAUUAAAUGAGAAAUUUGUCGAAGAUCGGUUCCGAAUUAGGUUGAACGUGCGAGAACGACUAAGUUGUGCAGCAUAAGCUUUUGCUGGUAUGUUUCUCUUUUCUCGAUGGACAAAUCAUUAGAAGGAUCUGUAAGUCAGUUGAGCACGUAGACUUCUUCUAUCGCUCGUGUUUUCACGCUCCCAUCACCUUUCACCAGAAUUUUAGUGAGGUCCUCAAACAACUUUGCAUUUUAUCUUCAUCGGACCCUAUAUUAGCCACGUGCUAAAAAAAAUAAAAAUCU